AUGGCAGCCGCUGCCAAGGCGAGACGCAGCCAGAAGACGCAACCGCCAGAGCCACAGGAGGGAGGAGACGGGCACCCGACAGAAGAUCAGCGGAAGAAGCUGUUAGAGGCAGCCUCCUACGGUGUUGAUGAGCGAGAGACUGCCAUGGCGGAGAAGGGCAAGAUUCGCUUGGCCGCCGACGAGGUCGAGCCAGACGGUCCCGACGACGUCUUCGAUUAUGACAGGGACCUGGAGCCACAGCAG